AUGACUGUCCAGUCCAAACCAAUACCUGCCCUCUACGUCGUCUACAUCCUGCGCAGCACCGUCCGCCAAGCCUCGCUCUACAUCGGAUCGACGCCCCACCCCCCGCGACGCCUGAACCAGCACAAUGGCAAGGCCAAGGGUGGUGCGGCGCGGACGUCGCGCAACAGCCUGCGACCAUGGGAAAUGGUCGGAGUGGUGUCUGGGUUUCCGAGCAUGGUUGGGGCCCUGAAGUUUGAGUACGCACCGUCCUUUUGCGUCCCCAAUACCGGCCUAAAUCCCGCUUCCUCUGCUUCUGAGGCUAACUUGCGUCGUUUUCUCAGAUGGGCCCUGAACAACCCGCACCUGUCCCUGCACAUUUCCCCCGAAGACCGCCUCUCGUUCUCCACGCAGCGCAAGCGUAACGGACAGCCCAAGAGACCGAUGCACACCAUCGCGUCAAUCCUGUCGAACGUGCACCUCCUGCUCCGCGUGCCCAGCUUCGCGAGGUGGCCGCUGACUCUUCACAUGUUUGAUCAGGGCGUCCAUGCACGGUGGGAAAAAUACCUCGCCGGCACAGGGGUGGAACCGCUGCAAAAGACCCUGGAGGUCGUCACGGAUUUCAAGCCGGCUGCGGUGGUGGGGGCCGAGGCUAGGCAAAAGGAGGCUGCAGAGCGGGCAGCCUCUGAUAGUGUUGACAAGGAGAGCGACGAGGAGGCCAAGGGAGAUGAGGAAGAGCCGGAGGGCCCGAAAUGGGGAAUCCACACCCUCCCUCUUGAUUACGCGCCGCUGGCGCCAUAUCUCGAGAAAGGCCAAAAUGUCACAACUUUUGAGCGCGAGGGCAACUGCGUCGUCUGCCUCCAACACCUCGAACACGGCAAGGGCUUGUUUGCCAUCUGUCCCAACGGCGAGUGUGAGGGCAUGGGGCACCUGGACUGCUGGAGCCGACAUCUGUUGCACCAGCAGGGUGACAGCGAUGGGAAUGUCCUACCACUGGAGGGCCGCUGCCCAAAGUGCGACGGUGCGGUGAGAUGGGGCGAUAUGAUGAAGGAGAUGACACUAAGGGUCAGGGGUCAGAAGGAAGUGGACAAGGUUCUGAAGAAGAGCAGACGCGCUGCUGGCUUGACUAAGGCGAAGGCCAAAACAAAAGGAAAAGCUAAAGCCAAAGCUGAUGCUCAAACCUGA